CUCUCCCCUCUCUACCCCACAUAUACAUCAGUAUGUCUUUAGCACUGGUAGCGCUAUACAGUCAGCGAGCGGAGACCGAGCCCGCUUACUAUUCCGAGCACAGGGGAAAGAGAAGGGAGGGGAGAGUGAACUAGAAAGAAAAAACGAGGGUGAGAAGACAGAAAAAACAUUCCAAGACAAGAAAAUAGGAAAGCGUGAGAGAGGGGAGCGGAGAGAUAUCAUAUUGUUAAUUUCUCCCUCUCAGUCUACCCCUCCGCCUUAUCCUUCCAUCCCAGGUGCAGUAUUUGAGCCCAUUUUCCUGUCUUGGGGUAGAGGGCGGAAUGUUGAUUUUAAACGCGUCGCAUCUGGAAAAAAAAUAGGCUAGUGUUUGGAAGAAAAGGGCUUGUAGGAGAGAGAGCAGUCUCGGAUAAAACAUAGAGGUGAUAUUGGAGCCAUUUAUAAGACAUUCUAUGAAUCUAGGUUGGAGGAAAACAAGGAAAACUACUGCAUUCCAUUGAAUCCUCUUCGAACUACAUUACCCAGAGCUGAACCGUGCUCUAAUGCUGUUAGAGCUAUCCCUAUCUCUGUGACAUUAGAAAAAGAAGACGAACUAGUAUAAGGUUAUGAAUUUGUUGUAAGCAUAACCAAGUGUUGUUCAGCUGUAUCUUGGUGGAGAAGACAUUUCAAACAUGACAGGGACUCCUAGGAUUUACAAACAACUCUAAUACAGGAAAAGCCAAAGGGGUGGGUUUGGCUCACACAUUUAUGGGCGUGUCAGUCUCCACCUAAGUAGACAGCGCCUGAUAGAGCCCCUCCCCUUAUUCCUGGAUUGGUCCAAUCUCCACUGGCCCCAAUCUUCUCUCCCUCCAAGGAAGGUGGCCGGAUCUAAGCUCUCCUCACCCAGGUGCCUUCCAUUUGGUGAGGGCAGCGAGGGCUGUGCUGUGAUUGGUUGACUGCGGGUGGGAGUGCAAUGCAGAUUGGAGGAUGUCGGGGGACUGGGAUGAAGACCACCUGUGUAAGAAGGCACUCACUCUGGUGGAGGAGUUGUGCUUACACUCCUCAGCGAAGGACAGCCAUGAAGCCAGCUGCCGAGACUUCGUCUACAUGAUGAGGGGACAGCAGCACGAAACAGAGAUCUCUGUCAGCCUCUUGUCAGUGAUCGUGACGUUCUGCGGGAUCGUCCUUCUCUCAGUCUCUCUCUUUGUCUCCUGGAAGCUCUGCUGGUUGCCAUGGCGAGACAAGGAGGGCGGGGGCCUGAGCUUGACAUCGGGGCUGAUGCCCGGGGGCGUGGGUGGGAUGGGCGGCGGUGGGGGGGCCUCCCUCCUACCUCCUGUCAUGCAGAGGAAGGCGUCCCACUCCUCGCUCUACCCCUCCCUGGCCCAGCCCCAGCAGCAUCACCCCCACUUCUCUGACCUGCUGGGGGUGGAGAGUGGUCAGGGGGUGGGGGGCGUGGUGGGAGGGCCAGAACAGACCCAGGAACACUCCUACCUGGACAUGGACUCCUACCCCAACAACGCUGGGAAUCUUAAGUUGAGCCAGAUGUCUCCAGAGUUGCCCCCCACCACUGAGGGGGGAGCCGCCCCGCCCCACAAAGACCUGCCCAACGCCCACUCCCAGCAGCAGGUCACUGCACGGCCCAAGCCCAUGACUCACCAGCUGUCCAGUCCUGAUUUCCAUGGUGAGGAGAAGAGCGAGCAGGUGACCAGCAUUGGCCAAAUCAAACCGGAACUCUACAGACUGCGUGGGGGCGACCAGGGGGAGGGGAAAACGGGGGACAAUUGCGGCAAGAUCAGCUUCCUCCUGCGCUACGCCUUCAAUACAGAGCAGCUAGUGGUGAAGAUCCUGAAGGCUGUAGACCUGGCUGCCAAGGACGCCAACGGCUUCUCAGACCCCUACGUCAAGAUCUACCUACUGCCAGACAGGAAGAAGAAGUUCCAGACCAAGGUCCACAGAAAGACCCUGAACCCGAUAUUCAACGAGACGUUCCAGUUCGGCGUGCCCCUGGCAGAGCUGCACUCCCGGAAGCUGCACUUCUCCGUCUACGACUUUGACCGCUUCUCCAGACACGACCUGAUUGGCCAGGUGGUGGUGGACAACCUGCUGGACUUCAGUGAGGGCACCGGGGAGAAGCCUGUCUGGAGGGACAUUGUGGAGGGCACCGCGGAGAAGGCUGACCUGGGGGAGCUGAACUUCUCUCUGUGUUAUCUGCCCACGGCAGGUCGGCUCACCGCCACCGUCAUCAAGGCCACCAACCUCAAAGCAAUGGACCUCACCGGCUUCUCAGAUCCGUAUGUGAAGGCUUCUCUGAUAUGUGACAGCCGAAGGCUAAAGAAGAAGAAGACAUCCAUUAAGAAGAAUACAUUGAACCCCACCUACAACGAGGCUCUGGUCUUUGACAUCCCCCAUGAGGACAUCGACAGGGUGUCCAUCAUCAUCGCUGUCAUGGACUAUGACUGUAUUGGUCAUAACGAGGUCAUAGGGAUGUGUCGUGUGGGCAGUGACGCUGAGGGUCCUGGGAGAGAGCACUGGACAGCCAUGCUGGCCAACCCCCGCAAGCCCAUAGACCACUGGCACCAGCUCGUCGAGGAAAAACUUGUGGCCUCAUUUGUGUCAAAGAGUCCCGCAGCCUCCCCCAAGCCUCACAUCGUGGUGGACAGUCCUCACUCUGAGUAGAACUGUCAUUAUCAACUUUCCUUUCUUUCCGCUCAUCUGUGAAUAAUUCUCUCCAUCAAACAAAGAGAGAUAAGGAGACACAUCAACUGCUACUGCUGUUCUACUGCUACUAAUGAAUUUUCCAACUCCUGUCCUGUCCCAACAAAGCACAGGAAAACAGAUUCUACAUUCUAUACAAGCAACUCUUAGAACUCUGACAACACACACACACACACACACACACACACACACAU